AUGGAGAGACUUCGCAGGGUCAAACUCCGCAAGGUUGCGAACAAGCUUGCCGUGCAAAGCGAACCUGGCCUUACUCACACCCAGUUGAUGCUGGCGAACUACGAUUUGAAACCCGUCGAGCCUGAGCGAAGACAAUGGCGAGGAAGGAAUUUCGUGGCUUUCUGGUUGGCCGAUUCCGUUAACGUCAACACCUGGCAAAUCGCGUCCGCCUCCAUCAUCAAUGGCCUCUCUUGGUGGCAAGCGUGGAUCUGCGUGUGGGUUGGCUAUUCGAUUGCGGGCUGCUUCGUCGUUCUGACCGGUCGUAUUGGCGCCACGUAUCACAUCUCUUUCCCGGUCACGAAUCGAGCGUCGUUCGGUAUCUGGGGCGCACUAUGGCCGGUACUCAACAGGGCUGUCAUGGCGUGCAUCUGGUACGGAGUGCAAGCGUGGAUUGGAGGGACGUGUGUCUAUCUCAUGAUCCGAAGCAUCUGGCCAUCCUGGGAUAGCUAUGGACCUGGUGGACCAAAUGAUACCAUGUCCGCAUCGUCGGGGACCAAUACGCGCGAUUUCGUCUCGUUCUUUCUCUUCUGGAUCGGGUCUCUACCGUUUCUAUGGUUUCCAGUGCACCAGAUACGCCAUUUAUUUACGGUGAAGGCGUUUGUCGCUCCCGCUGCGGGCGUCGCUUUCUUCAUUUGGGCCGUAGUUCGUGCCCAAGGACUCGGCCCUAUCGUGAAGCAAGGCGCAACGAAAUCGGGAAGCGAGUUGGCUUGGGCUAUAAUCCUGGCCAUCAUGUCGGCCAUUGCGAAUUUCGCCACUCUCAUCGUCAACGACCCCGAUUUUGCUCGAUUUGCCCGCCGUCCCAAGGACGCUUUCUUGCCCCAGCUGCUCACGAUCCCGUGCGGCUUUGCCAUCACCAGUUUCAUCGGCAUCAUCGUCUCCUCGAGCUCCAAAGUCAUCUUUGGCCGGGCGAUCUGGUCGCCAUUGGACCUAUUGAAAGCAUUCCUCGAAGAGAAAGGCGCAAGCGGCGCCACUCGAUUCGGCGUCUUCGUAAUUGCUGCGGCCUUCACCCUCGCACAACUGGGCACAAACGUCGCCGCGAAUUCCGUGAGCGCGGGUACAGAUCUGACGGCGCUCAUGCCGCGUUUUCUGAACAUCCGCCGCGGCUCCUACAUCUGCGCUGCCAUCGGCCUCCUCAUCAUGCCCUGGCACUUCUUCGCUAGCAGCAACAGCUUCACCACCUACUUAUCGGCGUACAGCGUCUUUCUCAGCUCCAUUGCAGGCGUCAUGAUUUCGGAUUACUAUUUUGUGAGGAAGGGAUACCUACAGACCCAAGACAUGUAUUCUGCGCAAAAGUCGGGGCCGUAUUGGUACACUUUCGGAUUCAACUGGAGAGCGUAUACAGCAUACAUUUGCGGCAUUCUGAUCAAUGUUGUGGGUUUUGCAGGCGCCGUUGGAACGCCCGUCCCAAUCGGCGCGACAUACAUUUACAACCUCAAUUUCUUCUGCGGCUUCAUCGUCGCUUCUCUGAUGUACUACGUGCUCUGCUGGAUCUCGCCCGUCCCUGCCACGAGUCAGCACUGGCUGGAAGCGCCAUUGGACGAUGCGGACUUUGAAGACGGAGGGUGGAAUUCAAGCUUUGUGUAUGGCGUGGCAGUGGAUGAUUUGAAAGGGGACUCUGGACGAGACACACAGACGGAGGACUUCAAGGUGCCGAAGAUUUCCGAGGAAGCUUGA